AACAUUUUUUAUUCAAUUUUUAAAAUUAUUUUAUCAUUUCAAUUGAAAGAAACACAAACAUAUAUAUAUAUAGACAUUAUUUUGCUGAAAAUUCAACCAUUACCACCGCAACGACAACAACAAUUAAAUAUAAAAAAAAACUUGAAAUUUUUUCCUUUAACAUUAUUUUUUUGAGGGGGAAGGGAAACUUGAACAACACUCAUUAAUCACAUCAAAUUUCACAUUUGAAAGAAAACAAUUUUUCAUUGUGCGUCUCUUUUUUUUGUCACUCUCUCCUCGUAGUGGUUGUUUUUUUUUUUGAAUUUGAAAUUUUAUAAAUUUUAUCUGUGCGUGUGUCUGUUUGUGAGAGAGGAGAGUGGUAAAUUAUUGCCAAUUCGAGAUGGGUCGAAAACGUGAUUCAAGUAAAUCGAAUAAUCGAUAUUCAAAACGUCAUCCAACCAAACAAAUCAUUGAUGAUAAUGGUUCAGAUAAUGAUUCUGUAUUGAAUGAUGCAGCAUCAAUUGUAUCGAUUUAUUCUAAUGCAUCACAUCCAAAUGCACGUUAUGAUCUUGAUGAUGGUAUUCUUAGUGGACAACAAAGCCCUGAUUAUUGUGAAGAAGAUGUUAAUGGUACAAUCGUUGGCAAUGAAGAUGGUGUCGCACAUUUUGAUGAUUUUGCAUCGAAAUUAUCGAUGGUUCUGGAAGAAUUACAAUCAACUAAAAGUCAAAAAGAUCGUCUACGUCAUUAUGAUUCAUUGGUGAAAGCUUUUCAAACUAGAUAUCUUGGUGAUGAUUAUCUUGACAAUAGGAAAAUGACACUUCAAGAAGUGAUUGAACAUGGCAUAAAACGACUUGGUGAUGAAAGCGGUUCGGCUGCCUUGAUUCUUAGCUUGACAUUGAUUACCAUUGGUGAUGAAUGUGAUGAUUUUUUCCGUUCAAUAUAUGGCCACAUUGAACGGAUUUUGAUUGAUCCAACAGCAAAACCAUUGGUUCGAUCACGAGCAGCCACAGCUUUAAGUUUGGGUUGUUUCAUUACCGAUUAUGGAAUGGAAAAAAUUGCCGAAUUGUCGAACCAAUUGUUAUUGAUUGCCUUUUCGCCUGUACGUGGUCAUCCAGAUGCCAAUCAAUUGAUGGCCGUCAAUUUAUUGAAAGCAAUGUGCCUGAAUAUGUUCAAUUUUUUGUCUACCAUUGCUGAUGAUGAAUUUGUUGCCGAAUUAAUCGGACCAGAUAUGAAUAAAUUGAUCAAAUGUUUGGAAUCAAGUCAUUUAGAGCUACGUUUAGCUGCCGGUGAAUGUAUUGCAUUGUUAUAUGAAAAUUGUAUGGAAAAUGAUCUAGAUUUGCAUUUGUUCAACAUACAUGAAUUACGUGAGAAAUUCAGUCAACUAGCAACUGAUUCACAGAAAUCAAAAUCGAAAAAAGAACUUCGUACACAACGAUCAAAUUUCCGACAAAUUCUUCGUACAAUUGAAGGUGAUUCAUAUGGGCCUGAAACAAUUAAAUUUGGAUGCGAAAAAUUGGAAAUUGAUUCAUGGAAAAUGAAACGUUAUUAUGAUACAUUUUGUUCGGUACUCGGUUCAGGUAUGAAUCUACAUCUAUCACAAAAUCCAAUGCUACGAGAUAUAUUUGAACUGGGUCCAGUUUUAUUGGAUCAAGUGUUGAAUACUAAAAACACUAAAUUAAAUGCCAGAAAUCAACAUGAAACUAAUCGUAAAAAUCGUGAAAUGAAUCGUUCGAAAAUGCGUGGUAAACGUGGAGAUUUUGAUUACUGAUUGCCCAUUUUACAAUUUGAAAGGCUUACCAUAUUAUAACUUUAAUUAAUUAAAUAAAUAUUAAACAAACAACUGCUGUUCAAAUUUGAAA